AGGACCUCAUUGAACCAUGAAAAGUAGACAAAAAAGAUGUGACAUUAAUAGAGCUGACAGAUGAUUAUAUUUACCCCCAGAUACAAGUAGAGAUUUGUUACCAACUACCUAUGUUGAUGUUCUUUUGAAAGUUGUCUAGAAAAGUAAGAGUACUAGAAACAAAUACUACCCCUUGAAGAAACAUCUAUUUGAUUCGGACACCGUUCAUCUCCCUUCUUAGUGAGGAAAAAAAAUUCGUAGAAAAAUAAGCGCUAGUUUUACGCUGAUUUUACACUGUAUUACCCAGACAAUUUUAACGAUAUCGAUAUCGCUACUCGCACGUUGUGCGUUUUGACGUCUAAACGUAAAACCCAGAUAAUUUUUUUACCCUUCCCAAAAGUUGUUCGAGAAGCAAAUCCUGGUUUAAUGUCUGUAAACCCCAGCAGCGCGACGAUUUGACCCACCCUGUCGGCUUUGCAAUUCCACCUACCCCCCUAAAAGUGAGUUAGUAAGCGCCCUAACUCCGCACGUCGCGAACUUCUACGUCGGGUAGAUUUUAUCCGACUCGAUUAACUUCGGCCGAGGUGGACAAUUAUCUAACAGCAGCGGCGACGGAAGACGAAAAGUUUUCUCGACUCGUUCGCCUCGACCCGAUGCGGAAAACAACCUCGAGCGGAGAUCACUCCUCCUCCUCCUCCUCCGAAAGCAGCGCAGACGGUGGAAACGUAGAACAAGCGGCGGUUCUUGCAACAAACAGCGUCAAGGGCAGCAAGAACGCAACAAUGGUUUCUUCCACUAGAAUAAAUGCGACACCUACUUCCGCCUCCGCCACCGCUGCUGAAAAGGUACAAGUUCACCCGGAGGGAGAGGCCGCUAGUUGCAAAAACGGUAACAAAAACGACACUGUCGUUGAGGAGGAUACAAGCAUCUACAACGCACCGCCCGUUGUUCCUGGGCCUAGGAACACCUCAUCUUUUGAGCCGGCGGUGGAUGAAGCUGCCGGUCUUCUUGAUGUUCACGAACGAAUAGUAGGAAAAGAAGUACCAGCUGAACCAUCUCCGUCAGCCGCGCCCGAGGAGGCGGACCACGAGCGCGACCUUCUGCCGGGCGCAGCAGCCUCGGCGGCGCGAGGGGUAAGCGUCAGUGCGGACUCGGUUUUGUCCCGAGAGUCCUCUUCCUCCGUCCUCUCGGAGGAGGGUUUAACAAGCGGUAUGAUAACCAGUAGCAGUACCGUGGCGGGACUACAGGAGUCUUCUACCUCAAGAACUACUACGGCCGAAGCCGCAGCCCGACUGGAGCAGGAGAGGAUCGCAAAAUUGGCCAAGAAGGAGAAAGCCAGGCGCCGCCGGGAGCGACAGGAGGCGAAACACAAGGAGAAAGCGUAUGCAUUGCAAAUGUGUCUGGGUCUGGAAACUUGUAAUGCUAAAAGUGAAUGAGAGUUCCACUGCAAUACGGAGCCACGCAUGACAAAUUUUUGGGCUCCCAUGUGUUGCGUGUUCCGCAUGGCAAGCUGCGUUUUUGCAUGACAGGUAAGAAGACCGUUUGGCGCCCAUGCAUCACAGAUUCUUGAGUCAUGUCAGACAUGCAUCACAAAUGUAGCAAUCUUCCAGACCCAGACACUUUUGCAUUUGAGAAAGCACUGGCGGAAACGAAAAAAAUCCUGCAGGACCCCAAAACCAAACAGGAAAUUCAAGAAUUUACGAACGGGGGGGAAUUGCUGUAUAGUUUAUCUAUGGUUAUAGUUUUCAUUUACUACAACAAUGAUGUUGGAGUUGGUCAACAACUGCGGGAAGCAGUGAUCGGUGUAGUUGGGAGCCUUGUUGUGCUGAAAAUAAGAUUUUCAAGCAGUAGAACUAGAACAAGCCAUGAGGUGUAAGUGCUGAAAGUGUUUUAGAAUACAGUAGUCCCUGAAGAAGAUCAAGAAGUUGAAAUAAAUUUUUUAUACCUUCUUUCAGGCCGGAAGACGAAGCGUUGAUAACGCGCAUGGUGGGCACGCACUCCCACAUGGAGCCGGAGGAAGUGCAGGCGUGGGGCAAGUGGGCCGCGCGCGAGCGGGCUGAGGGGCGGAUGCAGGGGGAGCUGGUGGAGUGGGACCCGGAGACACUGCCCGAGCAUUUGAAAAAUGAAAAAGCAGUUGAGGAAAAUAUUAAAAACCUGUUUCAAGAUGUUGAACAUGAUGAUGCGGAGGAAGGCAAUCUUCUCUUGCGCCGCGGGGGCGAAGAUCUACUUCACAUGGACGACCCCGCGAGGGAAGAAAACGGCGGUCAUCAAACAAACCGGUUCGAUGACACGAGCGACCUUGGGUUUGUGACGCCGGGCCACGCCUGGUUCCAACAGACAAACGACGAAAACAGCAGCGACUUACUGGAGGAAGAUGACAGCUCGACCCCGAGCCGGGAGACGUCGACGAGCGUCCGUGGUGGCAACCCGAUGCUGGGGAGCUCGGAGAGUCCGGACGGCCGGGUGUUUGUCGACUACAGCCAGAACGAGGACUUUUUGACGAACCGACGGGUGCACUUCCGCGACGUGGUGUCCAUGGUGUCGAUCAUAUGGAUUGCAAAAAUGUCUGGGUCUCCUGGAAGCUUGUGAUGCUAAAACGUGGAUGAUGGAAACAGUUGCGAAUGGAACACAGCAUGGCAACUUUUCAGAACGCUUUCUCAUAGGAAAGCCGCAUGAGAAACUGCGUAGUUUUUGCGUGUACAAAAGAGGCUGCGACUUAUUUUGUUGGCUAUGCAAUACAGAUUUCCUAGGUAUGCUAUGGAGAGCUAGCAUUGCAAGUUGCAACCUUCCAAACCCAGACACUUUUGUAGUCGAUAGAUCAGCAACGGGAGCUACUCGCCCACCACCACCGCGCGGGAGUACGCGUCCAGCGCCGCGCGCUCCGUGGCCGAGGGACUGCGUAUUAAAUGUAAAAUCGUCCCAACCCCAGAGUUGUCAUGCAGAUGUGCACGGACGGGAACAUUUGUAAUGCGCAUCUCCAUCAGAGGCUUUCCCAAUCGUGUUUUGGAAUUUGUAAUGCUGUACCCAGGGUGAGAAAGUGGCUUUCUCAUGCGACCGCCCUUACUAACCAGCACUAGACUGCAGAUGGAACUUGUCAUGCACAAAUCCCAAAGCUUGGAGAUUUGUGUUGCAGAUUGAGCAACUUGACCAUCAUGGGAUGGGGACGUUUUUACACAGGAUACUGCGGACGUUGAGCUCCGCCGCCGUGGACGAGAUGCUGCAGAUGACGGCGCACGCGCAGGCGCGCGCGAUAUGAAAUGCAAAUAUGUCUGGGUCUGGAAAUUUGUGAUGCUGGGUGGCGUAUCAUGAGAAGGCCGCGAGUGCUGGCUCAGCAUGACAAGUUUCUGAGCUUCUCGGUGUUGCCUCUUCUGCGUGACAAACUGCGUUUCUGCAUGACAGAGAAAUUAUGGGGCUCUUGGGUAAUGUGCGUGACAAAUUUAAGAGUCACGCGAGACAAGCAUGACAAACUCGCACUCUUCCAGACCCAGACAUUUUUGCACUUGAUACGCGACUUUCAUGUACGACUGGUUCCAGAACCGCGCGGCGCUGACUAUGACUUGCUCAAGCGUUACAAUCUCAAACGUUACAAUAGAAUCUGGAAUUUGUGUUGCAUGAUGAGCAUGACAGACUCGCACAGCGUUCCACCUUUGCAAUACAAAUUUCGCCAGAUUGUAGUGGGGUUUGGGGCUCCGGAACUUGCCAUGCGCAAUCCCAUGAGAGUUGGCUAGAUCAUGCACUCUUGCAUCACAGACUUCCAUACUCUAUGGCAACGUUUGAGAUUGUAACACCUGAGCGGGCUAUACUGACCGUCGACCCCGAGGAGUACCGGAGCCCCAGCCUGAUGCCCGCGCCGCCGCGGAAGAGCCGCAGCGGGUCGGUGGUGACAAAUCAUGGAGGUCUUCCCGCCUUGACAGGACGAGAGGAAGAAGAUGGCACAACGACAAGAACUUCGUCCACAACGACAAAUAAUAACGCAGGAGCUGCCGACAAGACUAAUCCAGUGUCAAUGACCAGCACCAGCGACAGUUGGUUCGGCGCGUUCCCCUUCUCGCCCCCGUGGCAGAGCUACUCGGAGUACCGGGACGCGCACCCGGGGCACUUGAAAGCGACGGCGCUGAGCUUGGCCGCCGGGGAGGGCGGCGACGGCCAUGGUACGGGGGGGCACAACAGCAGCCCGAAGGAGCACGACAAGCAGCACUCGCACGAGAUGUAUUUGGAGCAAAAGUUGAACCUCCUGAAGGAGUGCCGGCGCUCGCCCCGCGACGAGCGGUACACGGUGCCGGCCCGGCGGAAGUUCGUGGCGUUGGUUUUGCCGCCCCCGUUGCGCCCACUGGAGCUGAACCCGCACGAGGUGGCGUGGCGGAGCCAGUACGGCCGGUUUUUGUCCACGGUCGGGUUCCUGCUCUGGUUCGGCCUGGUGCUUUCCGUCUUCAUUUUCGCCGCCCUGCAGCCGCUGCGGAACGCCAGCACGCCGCAGGGAAAGUGGGUGGACCAGGUUUCCAGCGGAACCACCGACGCGGUGCUGGAAAUGCAUCUGCACAGGGAUCAUGAGCGCGGAACAAAUACGGAACAGGGGUUGUUGAUGAACCAGGGGAAAGCUGCCAGCGGAGGUGGUGGUCCCACCUCAGGUGGUCGUGUAGCUGAUCAGAAGAUGUUGAACAUUUUUCCGAAGGACAAAAAUAAAAUCGCUUUUACGGUUACCGACCUGGAACGAACGCUGACCAAGCCACUGGACCUGCAAUCGAUUGUGCACGAGAACAGCGAGGAGGUGCCGGCGGAGGUGGAGAUUUUGGAUUUGCCGCACGUGUACUGGCAAAAACCGGUGGUGGAAGCGGUGGAUGCAGAAACUUCGCAGUUUUCCGAGAAGUGUCCCGUGGUGAAUAACAUGCUGAUCCACCCGCCGCCUGCGAUGCUUUUUAACCGGAACCUCAUGUACUACUGGACAGAGUUCUACUACUGUUCUACGACAACUUUUGUGACAUUCGAAUCUGCUAACAGAAGAAUACACUUUAGUUCGCUUUAUUGCUACAAAAACAGCGUGUCGUGUGGCGUUUGUAGUUCUCAGGCCCUUAUUUCGCUUCCCUGUCUUGUGUUGUGACUUGCAUAAAAAUCGCAACUACCUUUUGCUUUUGUCAUCUCCCUAACCGAGUUAUCUGUUCUACUUCCAGCAAACUUUAUCAAAAACAGGUCGAAGCUGAAAGAGCUGCAACCGGAGCGCAGCACCGAGCAAAUGUGGGUUUUCUGCCGCGACCGGGGUCGCGCCGGGUUGGAGGCCGGUCUGGUUUUCGAUCUUGAUCAGGGAGACGAUGUUGGCAGCGGCACAACAUCCACGACCUGGUAUCUGCCCAACAACGCUUGGCUUGCGUCCCACGAGGUGGGACAGGGCGUGAAGAAGCUACUGAACGGCCUGCGGGCGCAGCUGCAGCGGGACGAAAAUUUUCACGCACUGCACAACCCCGAUCAUUCCCAGGGACGAGCAGCUGGAGCAAUAUCUUCCCCCUCUUCGCAGGACCACGAGCAGCCCGCGGUUCGCGUCCGCUCCGCCGCGGCGCUGAGCUGGAGCCCGACCGUUCUGCAAGAAAAAGCUUUCAACUAUGCGCGCGACCUGGCGACCGGGAAAAAGGCGUUUGAGCACCUGAGCCCCGCGGAUCGGGAAGCGUACUGGGGAAGUGGUACUAGUAGUUCAGGAUCUACUAGUGCAGGAGGACAAGCAGGAGGUCAACCUCAGCUUUCCGAGUACAGCGAGCUGUUCUGCGACCAGGUCGUCCUGCGGUCACUUAGUGGUGUUCCCGCUGCGAGGACGCAGCAUCAACAAGGCCAAAACCCGAAUGCUCCGCCGAGCCCUCCAGCUACUCCGGUUCAGGACUCGGACCGGCAAACACUGUUACAAAACACCAGUCCGUCCGACCUUGCGUACCGGUGUCUGUCCCAAUGGCUGAAGUCCGACGCGCACCGACCGGCGGUUCUCUCCCUGCAGCAAUCGUUUCAGGAGCUCGCGGUCGGCGUGUACGCUGGGGAGAGAUGCGGGCUCGAGUCCGAGGCAGCUGCGGAUGUGUUCGCAAGCAGUAGGCGGAGGAACGAGUCGGGUGAGGAAGUGUACGAGGAGCGGCAUGUUUGUGUGGUUUUGUUUCUACAAUCCGGCCGGAAAAUAAGCGGUAAUAGAUCGUUUGCAACAACUUCCGGGCAGGAGCUGUGAGAUGCGGUAAGUAGAGCGUUGUAAGUAGUAGUAGAGCCGCGGUACUAGCGAUUGACUACACCCUAUGACGUGUGUGCGGAACGAAGCCUACGGUGUGUGCUGGCAGUAGAAAAAGUAAAAGUCGUGCGGUUCAGAUAACUUUCGAAAAACUUGAGUUUCUCAAAUGAUACGGUUUCAAAAAAGCUUCAAAUCUUGGCUGACUACCACCUGAAAUCGGCAGUUGUAAAAACGAAUCGACGACGAGUUACGAGUGAAUCUGGUAGUUGUGGUUCGAAAGUUUUAGGUACAACAAGUAUAGAUACAGUGUGACUUGGCAAGAUCCUUACGAGCACCGCUACAAGUAGGAAGGAACUGUAGGAGGAUAAUACAAUCGUUCUGCUUGAUGCAUGUUACCAGACCUGUAACCGACAGAUGGAUGCUCACCGCGAAGAAAAAACAUACAGCGACAGCACGACAGCGUUCUUGAACGACAUGUCCUCGAGAUGAAAGCAACUUCGUUCAGCACAAUUCAGGUUUCCUGUACGAUGGCAGAAUGAAUCACCGGUAGAUGAAACGAUGAAAAUCUAGCGACAGCACUCUUCUUCAGAUUUAUUUUCGAAACAGAAGAUUUUAAGCGGCCGAAUUAGCGGCUCCGUGCAGAG